AUGGCAUCAUGUGUAGAUAAGCUUGAUGGUAACAAUUAUAGUUACUGGAAGUUAUGUAUAGAAGCUUAUCUACAAGGGCAAGAUUUGUGGGAUCUUAUCUUUGGUAAUGAAUCGGUAAUUCCAGAAGAUACACCACAUAAUGUUGAGUUGUGGAGGAAGUGGAAGAUAAAAUGCGGCAAAGCUUUGUUUGCUUUGCGGGCAUCUACCAGCAAGGAGUACAUCGAGCUUGUUCGUGAGGAAAAAUCGCUAAAACAUGUAUGGGAGACACUUGAAAGGCUGUUCACUCAAAAGAAUACGAUACGGUUGCAGUUUUUGGAGAAUAAUCUCGCCGGGAUGACUCAGGGAAAUCUCUCAAUUUCAGAGUAUUUUCUGAAAAUUAAACCUUUAUGUGCCGAGAUUUCAUAA